AUGGUGCUCAAGGCCAGCCAGGCAUACACAAGCGGCAACUAUGAGGCCUGCCUGGAGCACUGCAUGAUCGGCCAGUCUCUCCUUUGCGUGUCGGCGCCCCAGUCGCACCACAGGCGCUACCAGAUCGACCUCCUGCUGCUCACCGCCGUGGCGUACUUUGAGCUCGGCCAGUAUGCCAAGUCGGUGGCCUACAACGACGCGGCUGUGGUACUGGACCCCUCGCUCCCGGAGGCUCAGGCCAACCUCGCCAGUGGGCUGAGUCGGCUGGGCCAGCUGGACCUCGCAAUCAUGUACUACCAGUCUGCCCUGCGCCUGAGGCCCACCACCGUCGCCGUCCAGACCAGUCUGGCCACCGUGCUGCAGCGUCGGGAUCGCCGAGAAGCUGGUCGAGUUCACGAGGCUGCCAUGCUUCCCGAGUCGGGUGUAUCUGAUGGGACCUUGCAUUCCCGGCAGCUCAGCCAGUGGGCCUCCGGAAACCGGCACCUGGGGGACCCAUCACUUGCCACAGCCCCGGGUGCCGCGGCCUUCCCACCCUCUUCUUCCCUGGCGCCAGCCGUUGCAGCACGCCGCUGCCAGCAGGACAGCGAAGUGGAGGCGGGUGCGGUGCAGGCGUAUCACUUGGGUGCCAGCCAGCGGCCUCUGUCCUCAGAGGAGCGGAACGACCUGGGCAACGCCCUGAGGGAGGCGGGGCGCGGGGAGGAGGCCGUGGCACAGUAUGUGGCCUGCCUCCAUCUCCUCAUCUCGGAGGCCGCCCAGGCCGAGGCCCAGGGUCUGGGCACCCACACCCACGCGCGACGUCAGAGCGUGGUGUACAGCAACCUAGCGAGCAUGCUGAAGCUGGUGGGCAGGGCCAGGGAGGGCAUCAUGUGCUAUCAAAACGCCGUGGCCUUGCAGCCGGGGGAGGCUGAGGGCCAUGCCAACCUCGCUGCAGCCCUGAAGGACAACAAUCAGCAUGAGGAGGCCAUCGCAGCCUACCGCCAGGCGCUGGCGCUGCGGCCCGACUUCCCAGACGCCUUUGCCAACCUCGUGCACUCCAUGCAGUGUGUGUGCGACUGGCACGACCGACCCAGCAUCUUCCAGAGGUUGAUCGCCAUCACGGAAGAGGAGCUGGCCGCCGGGUGCCUGCCCUCUGUGCAGCCUUUCCACGCCAUGGCGUACCCGCUUUCCCCCGACCUCGCCCUCCGCAUCUCCUCCGCCUACGCCGGGCACUGCUUGAGGGCCGCGGCAGCCCUCAAUGUCGGGCCCCUGCCCCACCCGGCGCGGGAGCCCCUGGCGCCUGGCCGGCGGCUACGCAUCGCCUACGUGUCGUCAGACCUGGGCAACCAUCCGCUGAGUCACCUCAUGGGCUCCGUGUUUGGGAUGCACGACCGAAGGCUGGUGGAGGUCUUCUGCUACGCCCUGUCUGCCGACGACGGUUCGCCAUGGCGCGCUCGCAUCCGCGCGGACGCCGACCACUUCCUGGACGUCGCAAAGUGGCCGUCGCCGAGCAUCGCGCGCCGCAUCUCCGAGGACGGCAUCCACAUCGCCGUGAACCUCAAUGGGUACACGCGCGGUGCCCGCAGCGAGGUCUUCGCGCUCCGCCCCGCUCCCAUCGGCGUCUCCUACAUGGGCUUCCCCGCCACCACGGGCCGGGGGCUGAUGGACUACAUCGUCACCGACAAGGUCGUCACGCCCGACCACCUGCUCGGCUGCUAUGGCGAGGCCGUGGCCCGCAUGCCCCACUCCUACUUUCCCGCCCACGUCGCGCGCUGCGCGCUGGCGGACCUGGUCCUGGACACCCCCGCCUGCAACGCGCACACCACCGCCUGCGACGUGCUCUGGGCGGGGUGCCCGCUGCUGACGCUGCCGCUGGAGAGGAUGGCGUCCCGCGUGGCCGCCAGCCUGGCCUGCGCCUCGGGCCUGGGGGCGGACAUGGUCGUCGGGUCCAUGGCAGAGUACGAGGCGCGGGCGCUGGAGCUGGCGCUGGAUGCGCCCAAGCGGCUGGCCCUGCGAGCCGCGGUGUGCCGGGCUCGGGGGAUCCAGCCCCCUGUUUGA